AUGGAAAUUGCUGUUCCUAAAGCACCAGUGAAUAUACAUAUAACGCCAGACUAUGAGACACCUGAAAACAUUGGAGAUAUUUCAUUGCUACAACAAAACCAAUCAGUGUCCUGUAAAAAACAGAAGCAAGAAAACAAAUUAAAAAGGAAUCUUGGCCAAUCUUAUGUGACAACUUCUGGGAAAACUAUUGAAAACCGUCAAAUGAAGGAAUUACCGUCGGAAUAA